AUGGCACCAAGACCUUGGGUAGGCCGCGGGCUUGGGAGCGUGGGCACGCGAUCACGCAAUCGAGAGGGCGAGACAGAAGACUUCUGGAAAAGAGCGGUGGUUGGCUGGCUCGAGGCCGGCACGGCCGUCGCCGGGCUGGGAGAAGAGGGGUGGGAUGGAGGAAGAUGGUCCUCCCACCUGCCAACUCUGGAGCGCCCAGUGUCUGGGCAUGUGGGCCAUUAUCUAGGCGCCAAGGUGGUUGAAGAUAGAACCGGACAGAACGGCGUGGAUGGCAGGGUUGGGCGACAUUUUGAUUCCUCCCGCCCGGUUGGGGUUGGCUCAGUGGGCGAGUGGGCGAGUGGUCAGAAACAGGCGGCAUCGAGGCGGAAAAAGAUGGAGGGCAGCGUGGUGGUGGGCGUUGGUGGAGGCGAUGAGUGA